GUAAGUUGAUCAGUGCUAGAUAAAGGUAGCAGUUCGUAAUUUAACAAGACUUUUAUUAUCAGGAAAAUAUUAUGUACCAAUACACUGUGCCAGAGAGAUGGGACGAGUAUGCAUCGCUUGGAGAAGUGAUCAAUGGUACCAAGUUUGUUGCAUUUAAAGUUCCAUUGAAGAAGGAAAUACUUUCAGCUGUUCAUAAAAACGAAAGGUUUGGUCCUGAGGAUGCGAUAGAGAAAAUUAAAGAAAAAGGUCAUGUUUUAGGGCUGGUUAUUGAUAUAACAUAUACCGAUAGGUACUAUCACCAAACAGAAUUUACUGAAAAGAAAGUUGAACAUGAACACAUUUAUUGCGGAGGACACGAUGUACCAUCAAAUGCGGUAGUUUAUAGAUUUUUUGACGUUGUAGAGAAAUUCCUCAUAAAGAAUAAGAAUGAAGAAAUGGUAGUAGGUGUACAUUGUACACAUGGAGUAAAUCGAACUGGAUAUAUUGUAUGUAGAUACAUGAUUGAAAGAUUAGGCAUUGAUCCUUCUAAGGCUAUGGAGGAUUUCAAUACAGCAAGGGGUCAUUCCAUUGAAAAAAAACCGUAUAUUGAUGAUUUACUAGCAAGGAAAUAUAAUCCAGAUUAUGUGAUGGGUAUUCAUCCACCAGUCCUUAAAGAGGUAAAAAAUUACAACAAAGGAAACAACUACAGUAAUAAACAAUGGUCGGGAAACAAAACACAUGGCAGGACACCAAAUGUUACGGCGGUUACAGAAGAUAGACAGGUUAUAAAGGGCUUUCAGUCAAUGACUCUAAAUAAUUCAUCACAUGCAGUUGGUGAACAAGAAAAAAGAAAACUUAAUGAGAGAGAAGAAAAGGAAAAAGUAGAGAAGAAGAGCCUCAGAGAUAGAGGUGAACUACAAAGAAAUGACGAUAUAGUUAGUUGUCAAGGACGUGGAAGUUCAUUUACAGAUCACAGAUCACAAGCUGUCAAGCAGGAUGAAACAGGAGAUUUGGAGGAGAGACAAGAUGAUUGUGGUACUGCAGGAGCUUCCUUCUGCAGAAAAGAGAAAGGGCCGAAAAAUAGGGGUUCGCCUGUUGCUACAAGAGGAAGAGAUAUGAUGCGAAAUGACAGAGAUCCACCUGAAAAUCAAACACAAAAGUGAUGGGCAUGAUGGAUUGACAACUGUGAAAAACGAACAUUUUUAAAUUGCUAGAAACUGAACAGUGCUGUAAACUUUUCCAUAACAAAUGUUUCUUAUUGGACAAUUAAUAAUGUACAACUAUCAAAUACUGAAAGCUGAAGACAUAUUCACAACUCCUCAUCCCAUUGAAUUGCUUGAAUUUCCUUUCUAAGUUUUAUAGAACAUAUCUUUUCGUCUAUUAACUAUAAACACAAUGGUAAUAUUGCAAUGUAUUGUAAUCAAUAUAUCAAGAACAGCAAGUAAUCAAUGCUUUUGUAUAUAUUCUACUAUUAAAAUUCGUUGUUUUAAGAUUACUAUUAUGCGACCUGAUACUAUUGUGAAUACCUUGAUCACAGUUAAAUGCUAUCUAAUGUCAAUUGUGGCCUUUUGAAAAAAGUAGUCAGCAAUUAUCUACUUAUGCCUAUCAAUAGAACAAUUAUAGGAUUACUCGAGUUGUGAAUUUGUGUUUAACUAGAUUGUUAAUGGAAAAGUAUAUGCUAUUAAAUUGUAUAUAUAUGUCCUUCAAGUUACACUUACUCCAUAAUAAAUUAUCUAAUAAUAAAUAUAUCUUAUCGGUCAAUCUGCUACUGAGUACAUUCAUUGAACAAUCUGAU